AUGGCCCAGCAGGGAGGGUUUUGCCAGCCUCCAGGCUCUCCUGUUAACGGAGCACCACCAAACACAAUUUACGUUCCACUCAUAAAUCAGACCAUCAGGCGGAACCGCAUUGUAGAAAUUCCUGAGAUCCACGUAGUUGAGAAACUGGUGCCAAAGAUACAGGUGCAAGAUGUGAUUCGAAAAGUGCCUCGAACUGACAUUCAAUGGGUAGAGAAGAUCGUCGAAGUCCCUCAGAUCCAGGUGAUUGAAAAGAUCGUCGAGGUCCCCCAAAUACAUGAGAUUCGUCGAGAAGUUCCUCGCGUCGAAGUCCAAGAAGUAGUCCAUAGGGUCCCACGGUAUCACGUACAAAACGUAGAGAAAUAUGUGGAGGUCCCACAGAUCCAGUAUGUGGAAAAAUAUGUAGAGGUUCCACAGAUCCAAGAAGUAGUGAAAUAUCGGGAGAGAGUCGAGAUUGUCGAGGUCCCCGUCGAGAAAAUCCGUGAAGUCCCCCGCAUUGAGGUCAAGGUUGUUGAGAAGAUUCGCCAUGUUCCUGGGCCGAUCGAGUACAUUGACGUCCCUCAGGAACGCAUUAUUGAAAAACCGAUCUAUGAAACUAUUGAGAAGAUUGUGGAAGUACCGGAAGUGCAUGAUGUCGUAGUGGAGAAGCCAAUUAUGGUGCCGGUUCCCGGACCUGAAGUAGAAGUCCCCGUUGAAGUUCCUGUUUACUAUGACGUCCCUGAGUACUACCCGGUACCUGCCAGGGUCAUCCCGGUUGAGAAGGAGAAACUCUACGAGAAGCUAGUCGAAGUGCCAGUGCAUGUUGCCCAAGAAAGCAUCAGGGUUGUGCGGGUUCCACAUCAAGUACCAGUUGAUGUUUACAAGGAAGUUCCGGUGCCCCGCUACGUCGAUCAAGUUGUCGAAGUACCCGUUCAAGUCCCCGUCCCGCAACCGCCCCCGAUCAUUCAUCCAGUCCUGCAAAACCAAAUAAUUGAAGAGGAACCGAUCUACGAGCAGGGGCCGCCUCGAUAUAUUUACGAGACGCCGGUGUGGGCUCCUCCUGUGUACGACAGUUCAUCGCGUCCGCCGCCUAUCGAAAGUGAUCCAUACCUACCGCCAGGUGGGUUUGCUACUGCGCCCCCUCAUGUCCGGCCUGCAGCUCAAUCAAUGUCACAUGAGUGCAACAGUCAAUCUUCUCCUGGUUUCCAGAAGUAA